AUGAGAUCAUCGCACGUGAUCGACCCGCACCGCCGCACGCCAAUGGCCGGCCUCCGCUUCGCCGUCCUCUUCGCAGCCACCAGCGCCGUCCUCCUCCUCGCCGCCUCGGCGACGUCGCGCCCGCCGGCGAUGUACGUCGUCGGCGACCAGAUGGGGUGGGCGGUGCCGCCGGGCGGCGCCACCGGCGCGCUCAACGAGUGGGCCGCGAGGCACCGCUUCCUCGUCGGCGACGUCCUGGAUUUCAAGUACAGCAACGGCGACGCGGUGCUCCUGGUGAGCCCGGGCGACUACGAGCGGUGCAGCGCGGCGAGCCCGGUGAGCCGGUUCGCGGACGGCGGCGGCGGCGGCGGCGGCACCAGGUUCACGCUCGGCCGCCCCGGGCUCUUGUACUUCAUCAGCGGCGCGCCGGCGCGCUGCGAGGCGGGCCAGCGGAUGGCCGUGCGCGUCGUCAACGCACGCCGGCGCUCGCUCACCAGCGGCGCCCCGACACCGGCGCCGGCACCGGCUCCGGGGACCCUGACCUCCGACACCCCGCACCGACGGCCGCUGUCUCUCGCGCAGAAGCAGUUCGCGGCGGCGGCGAUAGGGUUCGGGGCCGGAUUUAUCUUGACAUAUUUUAUCGUAUGGCUCUGUGUAUGCUGCGGCGGCUAG